AUGAGAAUGAAAUUCAUGCUUAUAAAUCACUAUCGAACUGAAUGUUUUAAUUAUAAUCACAAUUUCGAACGAUGUUCGUCGUGUUUUGCUGGUGGUCAAUGUUUAAUUCGAAAUCGAUUAUAUAAAAAUAAUUACCUCUGUCUUUGUCCACGAUAUCGUUCUGGUCGAUUAUGCCAAUUUAUGGACGAUGGAUUGAGCUUUACUCUUCAUUCUGCUCGCCUUCGCGUUCAUUAUGUUUAUCAAAUUGAUUACUGCAUUAUUACUUUUCUUAUCUUUAUUUUUGGUGGAAUAAUGAAUUAUGCGACAUUGAUUACAUUCAAUCGACCGAAUUUGCAAAACACAGCUGUGGGAGUCUACCUUUUGUUCUAUUCUAUCACUAAUUUUCUGAUAAAUGAUAUCCUAUGUAAAAUCAUCUCAUAUAUACUUUCAGUUACUAUGCGCUGUUCAUUUUGA